CCGCGUUCCUUCCUCUUCGCCCUUUCAGUCUCGUUGCAGAAAAAAAGCGUUCCCGCCGACGUCUGCUCCGCUCACCAUGUACAAGUCCUCCAACUUCCGCUCGGCGCAGCCCCAAUCAGACUCGCCCUCAGACAGGUACCGUGCACAAGCAAAACAGCUCCAGGAAGCCUUUCCUUCAUGGUCAUACGACGAUCUCCAGUCGCUUUUAGCUGAGGUUAGUGGAGAUGUUGAGCUUGCGUCCACCAGGAUCAUCGAGGGCCAUGCGGUGCAGUGGGGCUCUGUGACUCGCAAGAAGGACAAAAAGCCCUCGUCAACCUCCUCCUACUCCAAGGAACCUGCUGGCAGAGAACGAGGCGAAUUCCGUGGUGGUCGGGGUGGUCGUGCUGCUAGGGGCGGUCCCCGCGGCGGCGCCGCUCGGGGCGCAGGUGCGCGCGGUGCUCACCAUGAGGUCAAUGGUCAUCGUGCCAAGGCCCCCGUCUCUGGCCAGAACCCCAAGGAUGCAGCAGCUGCUGAACCUGCCAAUCCCGUUCCUGUCAACGGAGACGCCACCGAGGCUGAUCCUGAAGCGUCUGCAUGGUCCUCCAGCACCCCUGCCACUUGGGGAGGCGAUACUGCAGCCAUCAACGGUACUGCACCAAGUGCUGCAGCUCCUCCUGCCGCGCACUCUAUUGCCGUGCCUGCGCCCGCUCAAGCGCCUACACACAACACAGCGAAGGUAGUGAGCACUCCAGCCACAUCGAAGCUUUCAUGGGCGCAAAUCGCACGGAAACAAGAGAAACCGACACCCCCCGCACCUGCUCCCCAGCCUGCGCCUGUCUCUGUUCCCAGUCCCCCUCCUGCGCCUGUGCAACAACCUGAGCCCACGCCUCCGCCAGAGGUCGAAGACCCUGUCGCUACCUCCACGGGAUGGGAGGAGCCUACAACAGUACAGGCACCGACAUGGGAUGACGAGCCUCGUCCCGCACGGCAAGCCGAGUCUGUCUCCGCUCCUGCUGCUCCAGAGGAGGCCAAGCCUGCCCAGCCCGAGGCUAUCUCCGAAGAGGAACCGGUGCCAGAUCGUGUGUCUGCUGCAAUUUCCCCGGGUGUCGUGCAACCUCCUGCGCCUGAAUCGCCGGCUGCUCUCCCUCCCAAACCCCUCACUCCUUCCGUAUCGACUAGGCCCACGCCUGCCCCGCACAGGGCGAAUCCGAAAUUCAAGACGACGGACCAGCCCGUUGUCCUCCCUGCCAGUUUCGGUUCGGGUGUUGAGAAGAUCGGCAUGCAGUUCGGAAGCUUAAGCCUUGGUGGUGAAGACUUCGAUGCCCCCGCACAGGAACCAUCUCCGGCGGAGCAGAAGGCUCCUCAACCUGUUGCCCCCGAACCUGCACCCGCUCCCGUCGUGCAACCGCAGGAACCUGCUGCACCAAUCACCUCGCCGCCAUCGCAGACAUCUCUUCCCUCCGCUCCCCUUUUCCAGUCGUCCAUCUCCCAGCCAUCGCAACAGUCUUCUCAGCCUCAGCAGGUAUCACAGCUGCCUGCUGUAUCCCAGCAGACGCAGCAAUCCACUCUUCCCCCCUCCCUCACUCAGCCUUCCCUGACGACCCCCUCUUCGCUGCCUUCGAGCUCCGCCAACUCCGCCAUUUCGCCCUACUCCCAGCAAUCACAGCCUUCGCUUGCUAGUCACCAGACGCAUCAGACACAAAGCCAAGCUCACCACUCAUUCGGUCAGCACGUCUUGCCGACUCACCUUGAUCAGGUCCAGUCUCAGCAGCAACACACUGCUCCGGCCCCUUCGCAGCAGCAGCAGCAACAGCCUACGGCCGUUGGACAGGGCCAGAACAUUGGAGGACCCUCUUCGUACUUCCGUCAACCUGAAGCUCCGUACUUCCACUCCCCCACGCCUCCUGCUGGUCAGAGUCAGGACAGCCCAUAUGGCGCGUUCGGUCAGCUUGGUCAGCAUCAAGGCCAAGGCUCCCAUCUCGGCAACUUCGGUGGUGCCGAUUAUGGAUACGGCGAGUCUCAGCGAAACUUCUACGACUCGUAUUCUGGUCCUACGGGCUUUGGCAACCGGAGUGCCCUUGGGCACGACGAUCUCGGCAAGACGCUGCCCGGCUCCCAGCAGCCUCACGCCGCACCCGGUCUUCCUCCCGCCAAUGCCCAGAACUCGCAGCAGCACCCUGGUGCACCCUCGUCCCAGACGAGCUCGCAGGGACAGCCGAAUGCUAGCCAGGGCCCGCAGCAGGGCUACCCGCCUCCGCUCCCUUACUACUACCCGCCGUACCCUCAAAGCCAGUACUACGGCUCGCCGUACAACUCUGGCUACACUGUCCCCCAACCAUUCGUCAAGUACCCGACUGUCUUCCAGGGCCCCCCUGGACCUCAGUCUGCACCCAGCCCUGCUGCGAAGCAAGUGCAGGGCCCCAAUUCUGUCCAGCCUCAGAGCCCCUAUGGCCAGAGCCUGUACGGCCAACACCAGCAGCAUCCCAGCAGCGCGUACGACGACAUCGGCGGCUACCAGCCUCACCACGCCCAGCACCAGCACUCGGUCGGUCAGAACGUGAACGUCACCUCUGGGUUGCCGUCGAGCGAGUACGGCAAGCAUCAGAGCCUGUACGGCUCUACCACGCAGGGCAUGCAGGGCUUCAUGGGUCUCGGCCAGUCCUCUGCGCCUUCGAGCGGUCCCCCAGGUGCGCUCGGCCAGCGCGCUGCCGCGGGCUCUCCCGAAAACGCGUACAAGCCGUACGGCGGUAACGUCGGUGUGAAGGAUGUUGCUGGCGGCGUCGGCGUCGGUCAGGGCGGUGUCGGACAGGGCCCGCAGGGCGGACGGGGCGUCCAGCAGCCUGGCCAGGGCAGCUUUUACGCGCAGAGGUACGCCGCUAGCCAGGCCGCGGUCCCGCAGGGCCAGCAAGGCCAGCAGCCUCAGAGCCAAGGCCCCCAGGGCCAUCUGGGCUACCCACAGGGCGGCUCGGACGGCAGCACGUUCUACUCGUACCAGCCUAGGCAGCAGCAGGGCUACUGGCAGUGAACGGCGCGUUUAAUGCUGAAUAGUCGCUGGUGGCGAUAGUGUGGACGCUGGAUACGGUGGUCGCUGCGUAGCCUACGGAUGCUCUCGGGCUUGUUCCUCAAGUUUUCGCACUUGUCGCUUCCCUCUACCCUACCCCCUACCCCCGUGCCUCUCUCCUUCGUGUCCAUUGUUUCAUCUGUCUGUUCAUGUUCAUGUGCGUGCAGUUGUGCUAGUCAUGUCUCUCGUCUCUUGUCACUGUCUCGUGUGCCUCACGUCUCUCUCUGUCUAGUCACUCUCAUCUCAGUUUCUUUCUCCGAGUCCCUCGCUACUGCUAGUACCGUGUACAUUUACGAUCUAGUCGGCCCCGCCCAAUUCUCAGCUCCC